AUGUCGGAAAAGCUGGUGGGGUACCCGGAUAUAGACUCCGGGGAUAACAAACUAAAUUAUAGACAUGCAGCGUUUGAUGAAGAAAAUGAUGGAUUAUUACCAGUAACGAAUCCCCAAUUGAAGUUAAAAGUUGGUAGUGGUAGUAGCAACAGCAGCAGCAAAAGUGGUAAGGCAGGCCACAAAAAUGAGAGUCUACUACCGCAAGACCGGAAAUACUUUUUUAUCUUGAUUCUACUAUAUUUACUUCAAGGUGUUCCUGUCGGGUUAACUUUUGGAUCGAUUCCAUUUAUACUCAAGAGUAAGUUGACUUUUUCACAAGUUGGGGUUUUUUCGCUAGCUGCUUAUCCAUACUCAUUAAAGCUCAUAUGGUCGCCGUUUGUUGACUCGGUAUAUUCCAAAAAAAUAGGACGUCGAAGAUCUUGGAUUAUCCCAAUCCAAACAAUCUCAGGGUUGAUUUUGGUUUAUUUGGGCUUUUUUAUGGAUGACUUGAUGCGCGAUCCACAAAAACACUUGCAUUCAAUCACCAUCUAUUUUUCUAUACUCAUAUUGUGCUGUGCAACUCAGGAUAUAGCAGUUGAUGGAUGGGCAUUGACUGUACUUUCACCUGAAAGUUUGUCUUUUGCCUCGACUGCACAAACAAUAGGUAUGAACUGUGGAUAUUUCAUGAGCUUUACUAUUUUCCUUGCUCUAAGCUCCCCCGAAUUUGCCAACAAGUACUUAAGAUCACAACCGUCAACUAAUGGCUUGUUCUCUUUAGGGCAAUAUCUAACUUUUUGGGGAAUGAUGUAUUUGUUCAUUACUGCAUUGGUGAUUUUCAUACCUGAAGACCCCAAACAUUUGGUCAAUGUGAAUAGAGAUAGAAUGGCAAAACAAAAGCAAUAUUCCGAUGUAUUUAAUGCCAAGAACCAAUGGACACAAAUAACUGACGUUUACAGUUCAAUGUAUAAAGUUUUGCAACUUUCCAAUGUUCAAACAUUUGUCGUCAUUUUGUUACUAGCCAAGCUUGGAUUCCAAGUCAACGAAGCAGGAACCAAUUUGAAAUUAUUAGAGAAAGGAUUGAGUAAAGAGGAUUUGUCAAUCACGGUGCUCAUUGAUUUCCCAUUCGAAAUGAUCUUUGGGUAUUAUGCCGGAAGAUGGUCUACUGGGAAAAAACCGCUUCGACCAUGGCUUUGGGGGUUUAUUGGUAGAUUGGUUGCAGCAGCAUUAGCACAGUUCAUAGUUUAUUUCUUCCCUAGCGACGGUCAUGUAACAAAGAAAUAUUUUUUGAUGGUUAUCUUGCAGCACUUAUUGGGCUCGUUCAUGUCGACUAUUCAGUUUGUUUCAUUAUGUGCAUUUCACACGAAAAUAGCCGACCCAACAAUUGGCGGAACUUAUAUGACCACGCUUAAUACUUUAUCUAACUACGGAGGUACAUGGCCUAGAAUCUUUAUAUAUUUCCUAAUUGAUAAAAUCACAUUGACCAAAUGCUUAUUGCCUCAGAGUGUUGGCAAAAGCAAUACUGAAAAAUUCUUUUGGAUCAAAUCGGAAAAGAACAAGGAACAAUGCGAAUAUAGUGGCGGUAAAGUAGAAAUCGUUAGAGACGGGUAUUACUAUACAAAUGCAAUUUGUAUAUUUUUGGGAGUUUUAAUCUUGUUUUGGGUAAAGAAAAAAGCAGUUUAUUUACAAAGCUUGCCGAAUAGCGCUUGGAGGAUGAAGAGAGAUAUAGUACGACAGCAGGAGUCAUUUAGUCAAAUAACCACGUCGGUACCAGGAUUAGAUGACUUACUUUUCCACUCAUCAAUAGUUAGGAAUAGGAUUUAUGACUUUCAAUCUUCACCAGGAUGUCAUGGGAUGAAAAUCGUUAUAUCGUCCCUUAUUGUUUCUCACUUAUCUAGAGGCAAAAAAGUGAUCAUUAUUGAUACUUUAAACAAGUUCCCAUUCAAUGUGUUGCGCAAACAACCAAAUUUUAAACCAAAUUUUAAAAAACAUAUAACGCACUAUCAUUGUGAUACUUUUGCAAAGAUGUUUUCUGUGCUAACAAGAACUGAGAUUGGCUUGGAUACAAUGAUUGUGAUUAACGAUUUUCACUUGUUGGUUGAGUUGUACAAGUUAGAAAUGUCGUCAACUUAUGAAGAGAUGAUAUUGAAACACCAUAUUGAAGUAAACGCGGUAUAUCUCAACAACAAGCAGAAAAAUAUUAAUGACGCGUUACCGCAACUACCGUUGAAUUCAGACUUAUUGAAAAUAAGCCCUAUUGCUAAAUUUGGACAUCAUGUUGAUGAUUUGUUCCGAAUAUUGAACAAGAUCUGCGUUUUGAAAAACUGCAUGGUUUUUCUUCUUGGUUACUUGGAAACAAAGUAUCGCCCAUACAGAACCACCACCAACUCUAUGGAAAAUGACAUGAAUACAUCUUUUUUAUUUGCUGAUAAGGGUAGAGUUGUUUUAACCCCACACGAGAUACACAAGUCACUAAUAGACAAAUUUUUAUUUUAUAACGAUUGGUAUCACAAAUCCCCUCAUUUUUUCCAAAACUUUCCUAUUGAAGAUAAUAAAAAGGUGAUUUAUGUGAACCAGUCUAUGUUACGAUUCGUUAAUGCCGUGAAGUUGGAAACUCCAAGGGAAUCGUUCUAUCCGAUAUAUUUUGAUAUCGAUGAUGAGUUUUAUUAUGAAAAUGAGCAAGAUUGUGAACCGGGCUAUAGGGUUCGAAAUCUAUCAGAGAAGAUCAAUAAUAAUAACAGUCACAACAACAAUAUCAAUAUAAAUGAUAAAUCUGCUAUGGCCACGAGCAUGACAGGACUUUAUUAUGGCGAGAGUAGUAGUAGCAGUAUUUCGAACGCUAAAAUUUUUUCAUCGCAGGAUGAUAUUGACUCAACAGUGAUCAACGUCACCAAUAACGAUUUAGUUAAUACAAGUUCAGUGUCUGAAUCAUUUCUAAGUGGCUCAGUCAACAAAGAUGAUGAUGACGACGAUGACGAUGACGAUGACGAUGACGACAAUGACAACAAAGAUAAUAAUGACAAACCUCAGAACCCCCCCCCAGUAAAGAUAUUUUAA